AUGUGGGCUCAGAAGCUGACAUGCUUUUGCACAUCUAUAUUUCAUAUUGAUACCCUUCAAUGCCUUCAUCGUUUCAAUGGCCUUAUUAGUGGCGUGGCGUCCAAUGUCAUGGGAUCUUGCAACCUCGGUACUUCUGGACAAAGCGAACAAGGAUCCUUAUUUAGGAUAGCCCUAAAUACUGACAGGUGUGGCUGCUUACCCGUGGCUGUCCAAGCUGUUCUCACUAACGUGCUGACGAAUCCCCGUACCUGCAAGGAGUCUCUACUGAUCAGUCUCUUCCGCUUUCUGGAGCUCGGCCUCUUGCUCGCGAAUCCGACCCCCGUCAAUGAGCAAAAGAACGUAAGACAAAAAACGAAAGCUAGCUGCCACUACAGAAUGACAGAUGGUCUUCUCAGGUUGCCGUAUCCGAGGAUAAAAUUGGCGCUUAGGCUAGCUUGUAGUGGGUACGUCUUGUUGAGCUGGUCUGCUACUUUCGCGGCUGCGAUAGGCCUUAAGGGCUCUGAACGUGUGUCACUCCACCUUACCGGGGCUGUCGCUGCUGUAGAGUCAGAUGAGGUGGGGUUUGAUCAAAUCUUCGUGGACAAGGCCGGAAGCCAAGUGUAUGAACAUAACCGCAUGAGUGAUAACCCCAGAAAAUUUGUGAAGUUCGAAAUGGAUCUUCGAAGACUUUGCGCCAGUUCCUCGAUGUGUUUGAUCUGA